GGUACCACCUGAAAGAUGUCAUUGUGGGAAAAAAUCUACUUCCUGCUGGUGAGGAUUAAAAUUAAGCACAUGGAGAUUGACAUAAUCAAACGUGAGACAACGGGCACCGGCCCAAGUGUAUACCAUGAAAAUGACACUAUUGCCAAGUACGAAAUCAUGGAUGGUGCACCGGUCAGAGGAGAAUCCAUUCCCAUACGGUUAUUUCUGGCUGGCUAUGAUCUGACUCCGACCAUGCGAGACAUCAACAAGAAGUUCUCUGUGCGCUACUACCUGAACCUGGUGCUGAUCGAUGAGGAGGAGAGACGCUACUUCAAACAGCAGGAAAUCACACUGUGGAGGAAAGGCGACGUGGUGAGGAAGAGCAUGUCUCACCAGGCCGCCAUCGCCUCUCAGAGGUUCGAGGGCUCAGCCGCUUCAGAGAGCGCACUGGAACAAGCCGCGAGGGAGGAGAGCGGAUAGAGGCAGCGCCACCGCUGCCCUUAACUCCGGCCCCCCCCUCCCUCAGUCUCCUCACACAAGACUCAUCUGCGUCUUGCAGAGCGGCGGAGGCCCCUGUCAACUGUACAACAUCUGGUCAAGCAGCUGUUUUAUUUGCUGGCAAAGGGAGGAAGAAGGGAGACCGAAAUACAGUAAUACAGUAUGUGAACAAUGAAACAGUUUGCAUGAGGCAUUCAAAGUGGCUUCAGGCUGCUGGUCUUGACCUUCCUCAUUAAUGCUUUUUUUUUCUUUUUUUUUUUGUCUUUAUGGGAAUCAAACUAAUCACCUGUCACGAUAUCCACUGUGUAAAAUCUCUUGUGAAAUUCUUGGAUUUUUAAGCCUUCUCUCUGUUACAUUCUCCACGCUUUUUGGGGGAUAAAUUGAUUUCUAAUCUCUUAAUUAAUGCAACUGAAUUGUCAUGAAUUUUCAGUAUAAUGUAUCUCCAACAUUCCACGUUUAAUAUUUGCAUUCCUAACAUUGUGUAGAAGGUCAAUAAAUCUGAGAUAACUUUGCACUGCUAUAUCUUGCUGAACACAUUUUUCUCCUUGUGUUUGUGUAUGUUUGCACACACACAAAAAAAAUUUAUGGUGGAAGCGGAAACUGGAAUCUUUUUCCUUUUUGACCUUUUUAAGUAUUAACCCAUGCAUUUAAAAAAAAAAAAGAAAUCUGUAAAUAAGACCAGCUAAAUCCUGUUAUCCUGUUCCAGCUUGUGUACAUUGAGUAUACAGUACACAGUGCCACAAAUAAAUGACCUUUUCAUGUUCAUAUGCUUUACCUCAGCAUUCCAGUGGUGUUAGGAAAGACUGUCAAAGUGUUGUAUUAAGGUCUGAUAGUAUGAAGUCUUCUGUAACCUCUUUAUUAGAGACUUGAAAGUUGUGCCUAAGUGUAUCAAGCAAAUGAAAUCCUCCUGCCUCUAAUAUAAUUUUAGUCUUUUAACCAGAGAAAAAGUUACAGUAGAAUUCUCUAUCUUUUGCAAAAUGCUAAUCACUUACUCCUUGUCCCCAAAAAGUCAAAUAAAUUGAUGCCAAAUGGGAAAAAAAAACUCAGACUUUGUAUUGGUUGUGUUGCAGAAAUGAGUGAGUGGUGACAGGACUCUCAGGUCUCUCUGCUAAUGCACAAAAUUUGAGUUGUACAACGACAAUAAACCCAGGCCCGAAGCAAUUCUGAGGGCUCAGGGCGACCUUAAGCAACAUAACACACUGCCGCUGUUUUAUAUCCAACCACUGUAAUGACAAGCUCUCAUGGGAACACUUUACCUUCCUUUAAUCAGUGGUUUAUAACACUAUAAUGCAGUUGUAUGUGGAUACAGGCUGCAUGUCAGCCUGUUCUGUGAGUAUCUGUAAGUGUUUAAUAAAGCACACUAUUUGUCAACAGUAA